UGAGACACUGAGAUGAGUGAAGAGGCCGAGGGGGCUGCAGGUCACAGGAGACCAGAGUCUGCACUACACAGCUGUGUAACCAUGGAGACUGACCAGGAUACUGUUAGCAUGAACAAAGCAUCAACACGGACCAGUGCAGGACCACAGACACAUAGACCUCCAUCUCCAGUGCCCAGCAGUGUGUCCAUGAAGAGUGAUAAGUCCAUGCAUGAACCUCCUGUAUUCAGCAGUGAACAUGUCCCAUCAGGACUAAAAGCACACACACACAGACCUCCAUCUCCAGUGCCCAGCUGUGUCUCCAUGAAGAGUGAUAAGUCCAUGGAUGAAAUGCCCACAUUCAGCAGUGGACAAGUCCCAUCAGGACUAAAAGCACACACACACAGACCUCCAUCUCCAGUGCCCAGCUGUGUCUCCAUGAAGAGUGAUAAGUCCAUGAAGGAUAUGCCCAAAUUCAGCAGUGGACAAGUCCCAUCAGGACUAAAACCACAGAAACACAGACCUCCAUCUCCAGUGCCCAGUGGUGUGUCCAUGAAAAGUAAUGAGUCCAUGUCUAUUCCUCCUCAAUUCAGCUGUGGACUGGUCCCAUCAGGACUAAAACCACAGACACACAGACCUCCAUCUCCAGCACCCAGUGGUGUGUCCUUGAAAAGUAAUGUGUCCAUGCCUAACCCUCCUCACUUCAGCAGUGGACCGGUCCCAUCAGGACUAAAACCACAGAAACACAGACCUCCAUCUAGAGUGCCCAGUGGUGUGUCCUUGAAAAGUAAUGUGUCCUUGCCUAUUCCUCCUCAAUUCAGCAGUGGACCGGUCCCAUCAGGACUAAACCCACAGAAACACAGACCUCCAUCUCCAGCACCCAGUUGUGUGUCCUUGAAAAGUAAUGUGUCCUUGCCUACUCCUCCUCAAUUCAGCAGUGGACCAGUCCCAUCAGGACUAAAACCACAGAAACACAGACCUCCAUCUAGAGUGCCCAGUGGUGUGUCCUUGAAAAGUAAUGUGUCCUUGCCUAUUCCUCCUCAAUUCAGCAGUGGACCGGUCCCAUCAGGACUAAACCCACAGAAACACAGACCUCCAUCUCCAGCACCCAGUUGUGUGUCCUUGAAAAGUAAUGUGUCCUUGCCUACUCCUCCUCAAUUCAGCAGUGGACCGGUCCCAUCAGGACUAAACCCACAGAAACACAGACCUCCAUCUCCAGCACCCAGUUGUGUGUCCUUGAAAAGUAAUGUGUCCUUGCCUACUCCUCCUCAAUUCAGCAGUGGACCAGUCCCAUCAGGACUAAAACCACAGAAACACAGACCUCCAUCUAGAGUGCCCAGUGGUGUGUCCUUGAAAAGUAAUGUGUCCUUGCCUAUUCCUCCUCAAUUCAGCAGUGGACCGGUCCCAUCAGGACUAAAACCACAGACUCCCAGACCUCCAUCUCCAGUGUCCAGCUGUGUGUCCAUGAAGAGUGAUGUGUCCAUGUUGGAUAUGCCCACCUUCAGCAGUGAACCAGUUCCAUCAGGUCUAAUCCCACAGAGACACAGACCUCCAUCUCCAGUGCCCAGCUGUGUGUCCAUGAAGAGUGAUCAGUCCAUGUUGGAUAUGCCCACCUUCAGCAGUGAACCAGUUCCAUCAGGUCUAAUAUUAAGUGCUGAUCUGACCCAGGAUCAGUCCAGGUGUGGAGUGUGUGAGCAGGUACUGAGGGACCCAGUCAUCACCACCUGUGGACACAGUUUCUGCAGGCAGUGCAUCAGCAGCGACUGGGAGCAGCCUGGACUACCAGGAGACCAAGUCUGUCCCCAGUGUGGAAAGACAUGCAGCACCCAACCUCCUCUACAGCCUCCUCUAGAUGAACACACAGAUAUGAGCACACAGGGUGAACACACAGGCCUGAUCAACAGCAGAAGACACCUGCACGCUGAACAUACACCAGGCAGAAAGAGGGAACUAGAUGAGGACCUGAGGAGAGUUAUAAAGAAUCACAAAGUCAGUCUGAAGAGGAGGUUUGAGAACAUAUCUGAAGGCAUCAUCAAACCAGGAGCUGAGAUUCUCCUCAAUAAGAUCUACACAGAGCUCUACAUCACAGAGGGAGAGAGUGAAGGGGUGAAUAAGGAACAUGAGGUUUGGCAGGUAGAGUCAGCAUCCAGAUCUCAAUCCACAGAAGACACACCAAUCAACUGCAAUGACAUCUUCAAGCCCUUACCUGGACAGGAGAAGCACAUCAGAACUGUGAUGACCAAAGGUGUUGCUGGAAUUGGAAAAACGGUCUCAGUGCAAAAGUUCAUUCUUGAUUGGACAGAUGGGGUAGCCAAUCAAGAUAUAGAUUUUAUGCUCCCCCUUUCUUUCCGUGAGCUUAAUUUAGUUAGGGGUGAUCAGUACAGUCUUCACAGGCUCCUGCUGGACUUCCACCCUGAGCUGAAGGAGCUGAAUGAUGGUGAGGGAUACAAAGACUGUCAGGUUGUGUUCAUCUUUGAUGGUUUGGAUGAGAGUCGGUUGACUCUGAAUCUGGAACAAAACAGUAAGUUGUCUGAUGUGAAACAAACAUCAUCAGUGGAUGUUCUGAUGACGAGCCUCAUUCAGGGAACUCUGCUUCCCUCUGCACUCAUCUGGAUAACCUCACGACCAGCAGCAGCCAGUCAGAUUCCAGCUCAGUACAUCAACCAGGUAACAGAAGUACGAGGAUUCAAUGACCCACAGAAGGAAGAAUACUUCAGGAAGAGAAUCGGUGAUGAUAGUCAGGCCAACAGAAUCAUCUCUCACAUUAAAGCAUCCAGGAGUCUCCACAUCAUGUGCCACAUUCCAGUCUUCUGUUGGAUUGCAGCCACUGUACUUGAGCAGAUUAUGAAAAAGAAAAACAUUAAAGACAUUCCCAAAACGCUGACAGAGAUGUUCAUACAAUUCUUGCUUAUCCAGACCACCAGGAAGGAUCAGAAAUAUCAGAGUGAAACUAAAGCAAAUCAAGCGAAAGUUCUGGAAUCUCAGAGAGAGAUUUUACUGAAGCUGGCAGAACUGGCUUUCAGGAGUUUGGACAAUGGAAAUCUGAUGUUCUAUGAAGAAGACCUGCAAGAGUGUGGCAUUGAUGUCAGUGAAGCCUCAGUGUACUCUGGCAUGUGUACUGAGAUCUUCAAGACAGAAUCUGUGUUUCACCAGAAGAAGGUCUACUGCUUUGUGCAUCUCAGUGUCCAGGAGUUUCUGGCAGCUUUGUAUGUGUUUCACUCUUAUGUGACUGAGAACCUUGCGGCACUGACAUCCCUUAUCAGUGACGAACACAGACAGAGAGAUGAUCCCAACCCCUCGAUUUUAUCAUCUCUUCAAGCAGUGCUGGGCUUACAAUCACAGGAUCAUCUACAUGUGCUGCUCAAGAGUGCAGUGGAUGAGGCUUUGAAGAGCAGCAAUGGACACUUGGAUCUCUUCCUUCGCUUCCUUAUGGGCAUCUCUCUGGAGAGCAAUCAGAGACUUUUAAAAGGUCUACUGAACCAAACAUACAGCACCUCAAAGAGUAUUAAAGAAACAUGUCAAUAUAUGAAGGAGCUGAACAGAAAAGAUCUCUCUCCUGAACGAUGCAUCAAUCUUUUCCACUGCUUAUUUGAAAUGAAUGAUCAUUCUAUGCACAAAGAAAUUCAGAAAUUCCUGUCAUCACCAAAGAACAUCAAACAGAAGUUGUCUCCUGCCCACUGUUCAGCACUGGCCCACAUGCUUCUGAUGUCUGAGUAUGUGCUGGAUGAGAUUGACCUGAAGAAAUACAACACAUCAGAUGAGGGACGCAGGAGACUGAUCCCAGCUGUGAGGUGCUGCAGAAAGGCACGGCUCUUUGAAUGCAGACUCUCAGAGAAGUCCUGUGGAAUUGUGGGUACUGUUCUACAGUCACCAAACUCCCUGACAGAGCUGGACCUGAAUCACAACGACCUGGGGGAUUCUGGAGUUCAGCUUCUCUCUAAGGGACUGUCUAGUCCCCACUGCAAACUGCAGACAUUAAGACUUGCUGAAUGCAGACUCUCAGAGAACGCCUGUGGAAUUGUGGCUGCUGUUCUACAGUCACCAAACUCCCUGACAGAGCUGGACCUAAGUCACAACGACCUGGGGGAUUCUGGAGUUCAGCUUCUCUCUAAGGGACUGUCUAGUCCUAACUGCAAACUGCAGACAUUAAGACUCAGCAAGUGUGGUGUGUCAGAUGAAGGUUAUGUUUGUCUGUCUCUGGCUCUAAUGAUAAACCCCUCCUGUGUGAAGGAGCUGUACGUGAACAACAAUCAUUCUGGAGGAUCAGCACAGAAGCUGUUAUCUGCUACACUGGAGGAUCCUCACCGCAAAGUUGAAACACUUCAACUUGCUGAAUGCAAACUCUCAGAGAAAUCCUGUGGAAUUCUGGCUGUUGUUCUACAGUCACCAAACUCCCUGACAGAGCUGGACCUGAAUCACAACGACCUGGGGGAUUCUGGAGUUCAGCUUCUCUCUAAGGGACUGUCUAGUCCUAGCUGCAAACUGCAGACAUUAAGACUUGCUGAAUGCAAACUCUCAGAGAAAUCCUGUGGAAUUCUGGCUGUUGUUCUACAGUCACCAAACUCCCUGACAGAGCUGGACCUGAAUCACAACGACCUGGGGGAUUCUGGAGUUCAGCUUCUCUCUAAGGGACUGUCUAGUCCUAGCUGCAAACUGCAGACAUUAAGACUCAGCAAGUGUGGUGUGUCAGAUGAAGGUUAUGUUUGUCUGGCUCUGGCCAUGAUGAUAAACCCCUCCUGUGUGAAAGAGCUGUACGUGAACAACAAUCAUUCUGGAGGAUCAGCACAGAAGCUGUUAUCUGCUACACUGGAGGAUCCUCACCGCAAAGUUGAAACACUUCAACUUGCUGAAUGCAAACUCUCAGAGAAGUCCUGUGGAAUUGUGGCUGCUGUUCUACAGUCACCAAACUCCCUGAUGGAGCUGGACCUGAGUCACAAUGACCUGGGGGAUUCUGGAGUUCAGCUUCUCUCUAAGGGACUGUCUAGUCCCCACUGCAAACUGCAGACAUUAAGACUCAGCAAGUGUGGUGUGUCAGAUGAAGGUUAUGUUUGUCUGUCUCUGGCUCUAAUGAUAAACCCCUCCUGUGUGAAAGAGCUGUACGUGAACAACAAUCAUUCUGGAGGAUCAGCACAGAAGCUGUUAUCUGCUACACUGGAGGAUCCUCACCGCAAAGUUGAAACACUUCAAUUUGCUGACUGUAAACUCACAGAUAAAUCCUGUGAGAUUGUUGCUUCAGUUCUACAAUCAGCAAACUCCCUACUACAGCUGGACUUGAGUGACAAUGACCUGGGGGAUUCUGGAGUUCAGCUUCUCUCAAAAGGACUGUCCAGUUUUAACUGCAAAAUACACACAUUAAGGCUCUCUGAUUGUCUCAUCUCAGAGAAGGGUUGUGGUUUUCUUGCUUCAGCUCUGUCUUCAAACCCCUCCCAUUUAAAACUGCUUGAUCUCAGCUACAAUUAUCCUGGAGAAUCAGGACUGAAGCUGUUAUCUGCUAGACUGGAGGAUCCUGUCUGUAAACUGGAGAUACUGAAAACUGACCAUGCUUCUUUAGACAGAGCACGACCACGUUUGCUGAGAUAUGUCUGUGAUCUCACACUGGACCCAAACACAGCACACAGAAAUCUCUCUCUCUCUGAGGGGAACAGAAAGGUGACACGUGUGGAGGAGCAGCAGCCGUAUCCUGAACACCCAGAGAGAUUUGACUCCACAUUGCCUCAGGUGUUGUGUAGAGAGGGUCUGACUGGACGCUGCUACUGGGAGGCUGAGUGGAGUGUUGAUGGUGGAGCUGAUAUAUCUGUGGCCUAUAAAAGCACCAAGAGGAAAGGGGACAGUGAUGACGUCAUAAUGGGACGGAAUGCCAAGUCCUGGAGUCUGUACUGCUCUGGUCUCAGUUACUCUGUCCGGCACAAUGAUGAACACACUGACAUACCUGCCCCCUCCUCCCGCUCCAGAACAGUAGGAGUUUACCUGGACUGGCCGGCCGGCACUCUGUCCUUCUACAGCGUCUCCACUGACACACUCACCCACCUGCACACGUUCCACUCCACAUUCACUGAGCCCCUCUAUCCAGGGUUUGGGGUUUAUUAUUAUGGCUCCUCAGUGUCCCUGCGCAAGAUCACAUGAGCUCGUCCUCCAACAGGUACAUCCACCCUUUUCUCCCUUUCUCUCUCUCUCUCUCUCUCUCUCUCUCUCUCUCUCUCUCUCUCUUUCUACUAUGUGUGUGUGUCUGUGUGUGUGUGGUUUGUAUGACACUGUAAUGUAAUACAGGCUUGUAGGCACAAGAAGCUCUUUUACAAACAACUUUAGUAAAGAGGGUAUUUUUGCUUUGCAUCAGAUCUGGCAUAUCACACACAUCAAGCUAAUAUAGCGUGUGUGUGUGUGUGUGUGUGCGCGUGCGCGUGCGCGUGUGUGUGUGUGUGUGCGCGUGCGUGUGUGUGUGUGUGUGGUUUGUUUAACACUGUUUUCUAUUUAACAAACUGCCAAAAUUCAGACUUAAAUUCAUCAAGUCAAGACACUCCAACAUUCCACAGUAACCACGUCACCGUAGCAACAUCCAUUGUGAUGCUUGUUCUGUGGCCCUGGCAGUGGAGCAGGGCUUGUUGCUAUGGCAAUAGUUCCAGCUUUGGCCCAUAGACUGUAUAAAGAACUGCAGGAACUCCAGUCACACACACUCCUGUUCAUACACAUGUGUAUUGCUGAGAUGCUGUUUAGAUAUUGAUAUGUAUAUUCAGUUAUAUAAUUACUGUUCUGAUGAAACAAAUGCUGAUAUUGCUUUCUUUAUAUUAUGCUCUUCUCCUGAAAAUGAAUGUGUGGAUUAUGAGAAUGUUUUCAACAACAACAAUAUGAUGUAUUCUGUUCUCCGUAAAGUUUAGUUAUUUGCUGAAUUUCUUUGAAAAAGUUAUUUGCUGAUCUGAGGUGUCAGUGGUUCUAUACAGUAUGUGUUGACAUAGCAAAAAAAAAUGCUUGUUUUUCUGACUUAAAAUAUGUAAAUAAAAUGUGUUUCUGACUUUUAAAUGUCUGAAUAAAGAUUCUGAAAGGAGAUGUGAUGAA